AUCAAUUUACAACCAAAUGACAUCUCAUAGCAUACACCUGGCAACUUCAAUGCGUAGGUUGUUUUACAGUUUCAAUAUCAGCAUAGUAUUGUUGCGGGGAGUAGAUGAAGAGAUAAAGGAAUAGAUAUAUAAAUCAAAGGAUGUACCAACGUAAGGAAAGAGUAGACAAAUCUGGUCAUGGACAUCAAGAUGAAGUACAUGAUCUCUUCAAUUUGCUGGAAUCAUCUGAUCCUGAAGCAGUUGAGAGUGUAAAAAAUAUGAUUCAUGAAAACCUUUCAGGAACCAAGGAUUCCAGGUUUUUAUAUAUACUUUUGGAUUAUUAUUUGGCUGUUCAAUCAAAGCGUUCAUUAGACAUACUUCUAAGAGUGAAAGAUCCUCAUGACAAACAUCUGUUUGACAAAAUUAAUGAGUUGAUGAAAAAUGAGAGUACCCGUUAUCAGGCUCUUCAGCUUCUUUGCAAUCUUGUAUAUAACCAACCAUCAUGGUUACAUAGAAUUGCCAAUCACAAAGUAAUAAGUACCCUUCUUCAAGUAUUAAAAACAGAUAUAUCUGCUCCUAAUCUGAUGAGUGGUAUCUUUUGCCUCAUCUGUCUUUUGCCGAUGAUUCCUUCCCAGUUUGGGCCUUUCUUGAAUGAAACUUUUGAUAUAUUUUCUAGACUAGCAGCUUGGAAUGUCCGGAAACCUAAUUCUGUUCAGGAUAUAUACAUGUUACAUCUUCAAGUUGGAGUAUAUUCUUUAUUUCAUCACUUGUAUGGCAUGUUUCCUUGUAAUUUCUUAGCAUAUCUACGCUCAUAUUAUGGAGGUAGAGACAGUAAUGAAGAAACUUUUAGGAUAUUCUCUUUAGUUAUCAAGAUUAUAACUUAUAGUAGAAUUUGGCUUCCUUCAAUCCAUAUGCCAUUACUUGAGUGUGUGAGAUUGCAUCCUCUUUUGGUUACAGCUUCUAAGGAAACGGAACUCAGUCCUAGCAGGUGGAAAAAGAUGGCUUACCAUGAUAUAAUAGUCGAUUGUGCUUCAGUUUUUAUCGAUUCUAGCGAAGGUUCGUUAGAAGGUCUCCGACAGAAAAAGCAGCCAUUUGAUUCUGUAGCUUUUGGUCAAAGUAGUACUUCCAAUCAAGAUACUAUUAAUUUGGAGAGCUUGAGUUGUAGAAGCAAUAGUUUGUCUAUGAAUGUUGACUCAGGAUCUUUAGUAAAAGUUGCUAUGAAUUCUAAUGAAGAUACUAUGUGGUCCCCUUCUCAAGCAUGUGGGUUCUCUACUCCUUCUGAAGCCAGCAGUGCUAUUUCACCUGCACCAAUUAAAAGUGAGUGGGAAGCAAAAAGUUGUAAUACACAGUUGUCUAUGGAGUCAAAUGUGCUGUUAGACUUUGCAGUUGAAGCAAAGCCAGAAGUUUGGAAAGAGGAGCAUGGUGGUUCUGUUAUUCAUGAAAAGGAAAAGGCUGUUCCAAAGAUAAUUUCUAAAGAUUUUAAAAAUAUUGAAACUGAUCAUGACCUUUCUACUGAAGAUCCAACUGUAAGUAAACAUAUUGAGUCAAAAGAGAAAACGGCUAAUACUCACUGUAAUGAAAGCUUUGAACAAGAAAGUAUUUUGCCUGGUGUUGAAGCAAAAGAAGAUGAUCUUGAUAAGGAAGUUUGUGAUUUAACGUCAAAUCAAAAUUCUCCAGAGAAAUCCAAUGAUGUAGAAGCAAGACAAAAUACACCUUUUUGUUGUACUACCCAAAAUUUGACAGAUGAACCAGAUAAUUUACAUAAAACAGAAACUUCAAGUUCAACAAGGCCAAACAGUUUGACUAAGAGCAAUACUUCUGAAGAUAAUGAUGAAAUGCCUAGUUUACAAGACAUUGAUAUGGAUGCUUUUGUACCUACUUUUAGUCGGUAUCGCUAUUUUAGUCAUUGUGGUCCACCUCCAGAUAUUCCUUCUCAGGUCAUCAGGCGAAAAACGUAUCGAUCUAGGUCUUGUCCAGCUAACUUUUGUCCAACAGUACUGCCAUCUCCAUCUAUUGCUUUGACUGGUAAUGAGUGUUCAAAAUCAGAUGCUACCCAGCCUUCUAGCUGUAAUGAGGAUGCAACAAGUACAUACGUUUCCCUAAAUGAAAGUAGUUCAGUAAUAUCCAAGGACAGAAUUGCUACCUACAAUGAUUUAAUACCGAUGGCUCUAAAUUUUUUAUCUAAUGCAAAUAAACCUGGAGAUUUUUCAUCUAAUUAUUGUAACAGAAAUUCCUUUCUUAAUACUUUGUCACCACCAGGAUUACUGGAUCAUUAUAUUCAACUGGGUAGUGUGACAUAUCUCAGCCAUUUAAAUUCUAUACCCAUCACUUCAACAAUAAAUACUGACUGGACUCAUUUUGGUGGAAAGGCACCUCCUGAUGAAAUUGCUAUUUUAAGGAAUCAAAUAUUAUUAUUGCAUAAUCAGUUGUUAUUCGAGAGGCACAGAAAAAAUGUGCAUAGUGAACGCAACAGAAGAAUUUUAGGAAGAGCUAAGAAAUGUAAGAUGCAAGAAGAAAAUAUUGUUGCUUUGAAACAGAAAAUAAGUCUAUUGGAAAAAGAUAAUCAGGAUUUGAAGAAUGAACUUGCUUAUCAAUUGAAAUUAUAUCAGCAGUUAAAAACAGAAAAGCAGCAAACCGAAAAUGAAUUGAAUUCACAUAUAACAAAGAUAAGUCAAGAAAACUCUCAGUUGCUCUUUUCUAAUAAAAAACUUCAGAGUUUGUUGGUUUGUCAAAAACAAGAGAAUGAUGAAAUAAGAGAGGAGUAUAAAAAGUGCCAGUCUGAAGUGCUUAAUUUAAGAGUUGAAUUAAAUCUAUGUCACAAUGAAAUGGUUCAGUGUCAGAAUCUUGAAAAGGAUGCUGUGUUUUUAUCAAAGCAAUUAAUUCUUCUGCAAGAGCUUAACAGUCGUUACAAAGAAAAAAUUGAAAUGAUGAAAGAACCUCCAAUUCCAGAUAUUGAACUAGACCUUCUUCAAGAAGCUUCUGUGAUGGAAAUCAGAG